AAAAAUAAAAUCAACCACGAAUAAUCGAAAUUUUGCCUCACAUCCAAGAUGGCGGAACUGUUCGCCAAAUACACAUGUACCAACUGCCAGGAAGAUAUAUCGGGGAUUCGCGUGCACUGUGUGGUGUGCACGGACUUCGAACUAUGCCUAGCGUGUUUUGCUGCAGGAGCCGAAAUCGGACCGCAUCGGAAUGAUCACUCGUACCAGUUCAUGGAUUCGGGAAUACUUUCUAUUUUCCGUGGCAAAAGCGGCUGGUCAGCACGCGAAGAACUACAUCUGCUUGAUGCUAUCGAGCAGUACGGUUUCGGCAACUGGGAGGAUAUUAGCAAACACAUCGAAACACGUACACCGGAGGAGGCAAAGGACGAAUAUGUGUCAAAGUUUCUCAAUGGUACCAUCGGCAGACACACAUGGCAGACGGCUGUCGAUCAGCGUCCGAUACUGACCGAUCACACCUCGGACGAUACCGGGCCACUCAGUCAGCUGCUGAUACAGAAGCUACCGCCGAUGGACUGCACAGCCGAGGAAGCCGCUGCCCUGGGAUACAUGCCAAAUCGGGACGAUUUCGAGCGCGAAUACGACCCAACGGCGGAACAGCUCGUUUCUACUCUUUCGUUACAGCCGGAUGAUGAAGAUGUGGAUAUGCUGCUAAAAUUGGCCCAGGUCGAUAUCUAUACCCGCCGGUUACGGGAACGUGCGAGAAGGAAACGAGUGGUGCGAGAUUAUCAACUGAUAGCCAACUUCUUCCGCGGCAAUAUGAAGCGUGCUAGACAGACCCGCGACCAGCGUGAGUUCCGCGAACGGUUACGCACUUACUCUCAAUUCUACACGUCGCUAGAGUUUGAACGAUUGAUAUCUUCCCUCGAACGCGAACGGGCGCUACGGAUUCGUUUGUCUGAGCUAAACCGUUACCGCUGGAAUGGCAUUCAGCGCGUCGACGAAUGUGUUCACUUCGAGCAGCAUGUUGCCGCGGCACAGUAUCGCAAUACGGGACCAUACGGGCAUGGACGCACGGACAACCGAAACAGAGGCGUCUCUGGAGAGAUCGCCAAAGGGGCAUCCUCGGUGUUGGGCAGCGGAAUGGGCCAAACGGGAACAGCAUCGUCGGUGGCGGCGGGCCUGGCGAGUGCGACCCAAGGGGGAGUACCAUCGACGGUGGGAUCGGCAAGAAGAAGCGAAAGCGACGUCCGAAGCUUAAAUUCCAUCGACCGAAAGCCCACGCACCUCACCGAAGACCGGGUUUGCUCCGACGACUCAUACAGCAGCAAAAAUUGCUUGGAUAGCUCACAGCGGGAGGUGGUGACGAGCUCGGGCGCCUUGCACCAGUCAACGAGCGGCCAGAAGCUUCACAACCACCACCAGCACCAUCCGGUGAGCGGCGGCGGCGCGGCCGGAAACCUGGCAUCCGAUCCAGCACAGCAGCCCGGCGGCCAGCUGCUGACGUCUAACGAAAUUCAACUCUGCAGUUCGCUAAACAUGCCCGUUACCAGAUAUCUCACGCUAAAAACGGUCCUGCUAAGCCGUCCCGCGUUAGACCACAAUAUGAAUUCGGUGGCAGAGAGCAUCGUGAAAAAAUAUCUGGUCAGCCGCGGUUGGUUGCAGACCAGCCCACAAAAUUAGAUUCAUCAACAAUCGUAUCAAGGUGGGGAGUGGGAUGGCGAGAAUAACGGUGUGGGAAUGUUGUACCGUAUAUUAGGCGCAUUAGAAGACGAUUUUAAAUUGAUGUUGAUCGAUCUCAUACACUUGUAAACGGAUGUAAAUCACCGCGGUAGCGCACAUCUCUCUCUUAGGACGUGAGUUAGGAAAACAUUACGGAAUAAUACAUUUAGCUGUGAAGCUCUACAUUAGAUGGGAUGUAAAUUUGUCGUGAACGGAUUCUAGUUCCCUGCUGUACCCGCUAGCAGUUUGUCGGGAACAAUCGUAUACACACACAAACACUAGUAUUGUGUAAGCAAUGCCAUAGUUACGUUAUCGAAGUGUUGUAGUUCACAUUCCCACUGUGUGAUAGUAGACGCUUUUUUAUGCAACUAAACAGAUACAUGAUGGUAGAGCGCGUCUUACAGUAAAGUGGACAGGUGCAAGCAACAACUCAAUCUCCACUAGGAUAAAACAAAAAAAAUGUAUAAAGCGCAGGGAAAGAAGGUGUUCUUUAAUCGUAAAAUAAAUCGUUAUUAUGUAAACUAA